AUGCAUAGACGAAAUGUAAUAUAUUAUGUUGUAAUACAAGAUAGUAGCGUUGUUGCGAGAGGUCAUGAAUGUGGAAACUUACCUUUUACCCCAGAUCCGUAUGAAGAUAAAAAUGUGUCUGUGCGAAAUGAAGAAGAAGAAGAAGAAGAAGAAGAAGAAGGAGAAGAAGAAGAAGAAGAAGAAGAAGAAGAAGAAGAAGAAUUCCCGGCCAUAACAUGCGACCGCUUCAGUACCCAAAUUGCAGAGAUUUGGAGAACUGGAAUUGGGAGAGUGAUAGGGGGGAGUGCUCAGGAGGGGCCGGGAUUGGCGGGCGCCAAUAGAGCGGAGUCGCAGCAUUCAGGCACAGUCGACGACGAGAGAGAACCCGAAGACGACGACUUAGCAGCGCGUUGCCCUGAGUGCAGCAAAGAACUGCCCGACUUCGAC